GUACCUCUGGUAACUCUCCUAGGUGUUCAGGAUUCCUUCUAACGGUUUGGAUUUCUAUUAUUUUGUUGUUUUAUUUUUUUUCCUGCAGAAGCUUUGGUUGAGUAUUUUUCUCUUUACUUCUUCAACUCAGCCUCCUUAUCACGAUUUAACUUUUUUGUGUGACUUGUUUUAACUUGAGAUUGAGAGUGAAUACAUAUGCACACACGCACAUACAAACACGCAUCUAUAUAAGUGCAUACGUGUGGAAUUAUUAUUUUUGGAGAGCACAUCUCUCUGGCACUUUUCGUUGAUGCCUCUGUCCUGUACCUGUUUGGGAUUUGACAAGAUCCAGACUCCGUGUGGCUGUGGUUUCUGCUUGCUCUGCAAAUGGUUAUUUCUUCGUAAGAACUGGGUCUCCAGCACUCACUAAGAUGGACCUCUGAGAAACCGGAACUUGGCCUCCUUGUUUGUGGGGCCUAAGGAAGAUCGAAUGUAGAAAAGCUGAUAAUUAUACUCUGUGAAGUAAGAGCUCACCAGCAGCCGUCAUUAAACUUCUUGUCCAGCAGUGCUUCACCUGUGGACUCUCUUAGAUUUUGCUUUAUUGGGGAAAUAAAAAACAAAAGAGGGUAAGAGGAGAUCUUAUUUAAAACAAGUUAGCAUCCUUUCCCUCCUUUAUAAGUCGAUGCCAAGAUAAGCCUAAGACUCCACCGGAUUGUACCUUUAAGUCCAAAUAGCAGCAGAAAAAAGGACAAUGGCUCUGAGUGGAAACUGUAGUCGUUAUUAUCCUCGAGAACAAGGGGCUGCCGUUCCCAACUCCUUCCCCGAAGUCAUAGAGCUGAAUGUUGGGGGUCAGGUUUAUUUUACUCGCCAUUCCACGUUAAUAAGCAUCCCUCAUUCCCUCCUUUGGAAAAUGUUUUCCCCGAAGAGAGACAUGGCUAAUGAUCUGGCCAAGGACUCCAAGGGACGGUUUUUCAUUGACAGAGAUGGAUUCUUGUUCCGUUACAUUCUGGACUAUCUCAGGGACAGGCAGGUGGUCCUGCCUGAUCAUUUUCCAGAAAGAGGAAGGCUGAAAAGGGAGGCUGAGUACUUCCAGCUCCCAGAUCUUGUCAAACUCCUGACCCCCGAUGAAAUCAAGCAAAGCCCGGAUGAAUUCUGCCACAGUGACUUUGAAGAUGCCUCCCAAGGAAGCGACCCGAGAAUCUGCGCCCCCUCCUCACUGCUCCCUGCUGACCGCAAGUGGGGUUUUAUUACUGUGGGCUACAGGGGAUCCUGUACCUUGGGCAGAGAGGGGCAAGCAGAUGCCAAGUUUCGGAGAGUUCCCCGGAUUUUGGUUUGUGGAAGGAUUUCCUUGGCAAAGGAAGUCUUUGGAGAAACUCUCAAUGAAAGUAGAGACCCUGACCGGGCCCCAGAAAGAUACACCUCCAGAUUUUAUCUCAAGUUCAAACAUCUGGAAAGGGCUUUUGAUAUGUUGUCAGAGUGUGGAUUCCACAUGGUGGCCUGUAACUCAUCGGUGACAGCAUCUUUUGUCAGCCAAUACACAGAAGACAAGAUCUGGUCAAGCUACACUGAAUACGUCUUCUACCGUGAGCCUGCCCGGUGGUCCUCCUCUCACUGUGAUUGCUGCUGCAAGAAUGGCAAGGGUGACAAAGGGGAGAGUGGCACAUCCUGCAACGACCUCUCCACUUCUAGCUGCGACAGCCAGUCAGAGGCCAGCUCUCCCCAGGAGACUGUCAUCUGCGGGCCUGUCACACGCCAGACCAACAUCCAGACUCUGGACCGUCCCAUUAAGAAAGGCCCAGUGCAGCUGAUCCAACAAUCAGAGAUGAGACGGAAAAGUGACCUGCUCCGGACUCUGACUUCAGGCUCCAGGGAGUCGAACAUGAGCAGCAAAAAAAAAGCUGUUAAGGAAAAGCUUUCUAUUGAGGAAGAGCUAGAGAAAUGUAUUCAGGAUUUCCUAAAGAUCAAAAUUCCAGAUCGGUUCCCUGAGAGAAAACACCCUUGGCAAUCUGAACUUUUACGAAAGUAUCAUUUAUAAGGGAGGGCUGGGGGUGGGAGGAAAAAGAAAGUGAUUCACCAUUUUGAAAUAAACCUCCUAAAAGAAAUCCAUAUUUUAAAGAAAAAAAUAACAGCUAACGAUACGCAUUUGUUAGAACACAAUAGUCCAUUGAUACGGGACUGCCUACUUACCUAGUUCACCUUAACACACAAAUCCACAGGGUAGAUUUCUUUCCAGGUGUG